AAAAGAUGGAAGCUUCCUCCAUCGCUCAGUUGCUCAGUCCCUGGAAAGAAGAGAUGCAUGGCUUAAAUUUCCAGCUCUGGACCCAGGAAUCCCUUUCACCCCAGCAAGAAACCUCUUCUUAGUCAUCUCUUGCAGCAAACCCUACAGCUGUAGGAGGAGCUUUGGAGAGCUGGGUCCAUCUUGUGGAGCUCUUUCACCCCACCGGGGCCCCAGUAUUAGAUUGGGGUGUUUUGCCCCCAAGAACUCUAGGUUUUCCUCUAAUAAUCCCUGCCUGGAGCAUUGCAAAGAUCUCUCGCAAGCGAGGCGGAAGAUUGCCCUGCAGCCAGCAAAGCGAACUGAGAGCAGCCAGCAAGUAAAAGGGGAGGAUUUCAAGGCAAGCAAGCUGCCCCCCUCCCUCCCCCGCUACUGCUGGUACAGAGCUCGCCUCCUCCUUCUGGAUUUGCAUCGCGCAGUCUGGCUGGUUGCAACGGGAGCUGUCCUACUCGGCAACCUCCUGAAAUCACCUGCUUCUCCCCACUAUGUAAGAGCGAUGAGACCUCCAGCCACACCUUUGCAAUGGAGGAGGAUUUGUUCCAGCUAAGGCAACUGCCAGUUGUCAAGUUUCGUCGGACAGGAGAAAGCACCCGAUCCGAAGAGGACACCGUGUCAGGAGAGCACGAAGUUCAGAUUGAGGGUGUCCAGACUGACUUAGAAGCUGUAGAAUUGGAAGAUGGAAGCAUUGUGCCAAAGGAGUUUGCCAACCCAACUGAUGAUACUUUCAUGGUGGAAGACGUGGUGGAAGCAAUUGGGUUUGGCAAAUUCCAGUGGAAACUCUCCGUUCUGACUGGCUUAGCAUGGAUGGCUGAUGCCAUGGAAAUGAUGAUUCUGAGCAUCUUGGCACCUCAGCUUCAUUGUGAGUGGCGAUUACCCACCUGGCAGGUUGCGUUGCUCACAUCGGUGGUUUUCCUGGGAAUGAUGUUUAGUUCCACACUGUGGGGAAAUAUUUCAGACCAAUAUGGCAGAAAAACCGGGCUGAAGAUCAGCGUGCUCUGGACCUUGUACUACGGAGUCCUUAGUGGAUUUGCACCAGUUUACAGCUGGAUCUUGGUCCUGAGGGGCUUGGUGGGCUUUGGGAUUGGAGGCGUCCCUCAGUCGGUAACAUUAUAUGCAGAAUUCCUCCCCAUGAAAUCCAGAGCAAAGUGCAUAUUGCUGAUUGAGGUCUUCUGGGCCAUCGGAACCGUCUUUGAAGUCCUCCUUGCAUUGUUUGUAAUGCCCACCCUUGGCUGGCGUUGGCUGCUCAUCCUUUCAGCUCUCCCUCUUAUGCUGUUUGCCAUCUUGUGUUUUUGGCUGCCAGAAAGUGCCCGAUACGAUGUAUUAACCGGUAACCAAGAAAAGGCCAUUGCUACACUGAAAAGGAUUGCAACUGAGAAUGGCGCCCCGAUGCCUCUGGGGAAACUGAUUAUGUCUAGGCAGGAAGAUCGAGGGAAAAUGAGGGACUUAUUCACACCACAGUUCAGACUGACGACGCUUCUGCUGUGGUUUAUCUGGUUCUCCAAUGCUUUUUCUUACUAUGGCCUCGUCCUGCUGACCACGGAGCUAUUCCAAGCAGGAGACCUUUGCAGCCUGUCCAACAGGAGGAAAACGGUGAAGGCCAAAUGCAGCCUGGCGUGUGAAUUUCUGACGGAAAAGGACUACAUCGAUCUGCUCUGGACCACCCUCUCCGAGUUCCCAGGGGUUCUUGUGACCUUGUGGGUGAUUGACCGGAUCGGCCGCAAGAAGACGAUGGCGCUUUCCUUUCUGGUCUUUGCCUUCUGCAGCCUCUUGCUCUUCCUCUGUGUCGGAAGGAAGGUGCUCACCGUGCUGCUCUUCAUCGCCAGGGCCUUUAUUUCGGGAGGAUUCCAGGCUGCGUAUGUUUACACCCCCGAGGUCUACCCAACCGCCACCCGUGCCCUGGGCCUGGGGACAUGCAGUGGAGUGGCCAGAGUUGGUGCCCUCAUCACACCCUUCAUUGCCCAGGUGAUGCUGGAGUCUUCGGUCUAUUUGACGCUGAUCGUUUACAGCGGGUGCUGCAUCUUAGCAGCUGUGGCUUCCUGCUUGCUUCCCAUCGAAACCAGAGGCCGCGGCCUCCAGGAAUCCACCCACAAGGAGUGGGGGCAGGAGAUGUUUGGGCGUGGCGUCCCCCAAUCAAACUCUGGCUCUCAGGGGUGAUUGCCCCACCUGGAGGAAGUCAACACUUCCAACUCCCGAGAAGUGCAAUAUCUCACUACCAUCCUUGGCCCAAAGAAGGGAUGGUCAACCUGUCCUGGAUCCUUUGUUGCUUGCAUCUUCACCACCCCCACGUGCAAGGAGAGGCAUUCCAUCUGGGAGAUGAAAGUGUGUGUGUGUUUGUGUGCAUUGAAGAGGAAAGUCUAGCCCCAAAUUUCUACCACGUUUUUCAUGGUGGACAUAGACAACAGGAGAACCGGGUUUUGCUCUUGUUGCCAAGGGAACUUCUCCAUCUCACACAAGCAAUGGCCAUGCCUUCAAGGACUCCAUUCUUCACAAGACACUUCAUGUCUUCAACCCUGGGAAGCAAACGGGUUCAUAUGUAUGUGUACUCACGCCUAGAGUAGCUCAAAGGCACUUGUGAAUUGAUUAGCAGCCUUGCACUCUUUCUAUCACCAUGAACUGUCAAGGCCCACAAACCGCUAAUUUAGCUGAAUCUCCUUGGCAACUGAGAUUGUGAGGGUGGACAGGCAUUCGGAUAAAAGCUGUUCCCCUCACCGAUGGAGAACUUCCUUGGAUAUUGAAGUCAAUCCUGCAAAAAAAGGAAAUUUGGAAACACAGCAUACGGUUAUGACUGCCCCGUCUCCAAAGAAAGGUGGUGCCGCAGGAAAAGUCCACCCAGGUGACCCAAAGGUUGAAGUGUUUUUCUCAGGAGGAAACUAGAGGAGAAAAUGCCUGUAAGUUUAGCAAAUGGUGCAGAGUGAGAUCAUUACAGGAAAAAUAUUCUCUCUUGAAUUUAGGUUCAUCCAGUAAAAUGGAAGGGAGCAGAUUCUGUCUUCAUGCAACUCAUAAUGGUGAUGGUUCCUCUGGGUUGCUAUCCACAUUCCACAACAGAGAGGCCCAAGAAUGGGUACAUGCCCUGGUGGUCCUCCAGAGACAUCCAUCUUAGCCAUCCUCUUUCUGUCCCUGGGCACCCCACAAAGGCCAACGGUUCGUAGACAGGAGAGAAGACGAGGGCCUCGUUUCUAGACAUUCCUCCUCAUUUUUCCACCUGUUCAGAUGGAAACAGGUACCAUCAUGCCUAGCAGGCUUUGGCUGGGCCAGCUGAGGUGAAAAACAUCAUCUGGCCAUCAUAUCUGGACUGGGAAGCCUCAGGUGGUAUUUAAGGAGGCUGCACUUUUGUAGCUAUGACGUGUGUGUGUGUGCAUGUGUGCCAGAGGCUCACGCAGGCAACUUCUAACAUGUUUAGGGCUGAGUGGCUUCUACUAAGAUGGUUUCAUUCCUUGUGUGACCACUCCCACUUGGCCUAUAAAGAAUUCUCUCUUUUGAUGGAUAUGAAUGGCUUUCUGAGAUCUGGAACAUUUACCAACUGCUACUUAAAAUUGUAGGUAAGUUCUGUUAGUUGUGCAAACUACUUGUACAGAUAGAGCAGCUUCACGCCGACACAAAAAUGAUGAUCAAAAAGAGGUUGUCACAGGCUAUUUAAGUUGAUUAGAUUUUUCCCUGACGAUGCAAACCGAUUUUGCAAGCUUCCGAUUCUUGACCUGGAAAUCUGUGCUGUCACUUUUUUUCCCCCCUUUCUGACCAUAAGUUUUGGCCUUCUCAUAUUUGAGGAGCAUUUUAAUGCCAGAAAUUCACCGACGUAUGUAACGAAGAUAGGGCUCUAAACACACCGAGGUCUGUUGGUGUGUUCAUUAAAAAAAGAAGCAACAAUGCCAUUUGACCUUCAGUUGUGGUGUUUGGGACUCUGUGGGUUCUCCAGUUCUCUAACUGGCAAAGCUUUGGGGAGCGUUUGCUGUAUAUGCUGUGUGGAAUGGUAUUUGUAUUUCUCAGUGUUUGGGGCAGAGGGGUAUUAUUUAAGUGUCUGCUAUGUUCGAAUGUACAGUUUCUAACUGUGACGUGUGUUCUCAAGAUUUCUGUAUCCUGAGCUUCUUGUACUACUAUAUUUUCAUCUGUCUCCGUUAAUUACACACCAUUAGGCAGUGCAAUUCCACACUGGAUAUUUUAUGUUGAAUAAACGAGUAGUUUUUCAUAA